UGAGAGAGAAAGACAAAACCAGCAGUGAUAUAUUCUGGGAAAGUGAAAAUGCAGCGGUUAUUAUUUUUCGUUGUGGGUUGAAUUCUGUUAAGUUUUUAUUUCUGGAAUGUUGCCUGUGUUGAGAGUAAAUAAACCCGCCGAUUUGAAGCAGAAUAAGACGUCGUGUUUCGUUUGUAUUACGCUGCGACAAUGGGCGAUUUUGUUUUCGAUUCUAAUUUUUAUUAUUAUGGCGAUAAUAACAACCUGUACGGUAUUGGGUACUUUACACACCAAACAACUUCUGCAUCUUCUUGAAGAUGAUAUUGAAGAAGAAAGAGACAAACACCGAUGGGAUGAUGAGAAAUCAAUCAGUUCUAAUGAAGCGCGAUUGCAACAUUCGCAAGAUAUUGUUUUGACUUUUAGCAAAAUUCUUUCAAUCUGCAUGUGGUUGGCAUGGCUUAACCUCGUCUUGGCAGCUAUCUUAAUCUAUGGUGUAACCACAAUGACUUCCGUCUACAUCAUCCCUUGGAUCCUCAUCAGUGGCACUACUUACCUACUAGCGAUCACAACCGUGAUUAUGGCAUAUUUCAGUUUAAUCCCAGGAUUAUACAUCAGUUAUUCAGUCUUACUGGUGUGUUUAGCCGGCUCUCUCAUCUUCAUCGAAAUGUGGUAUACCAUCGUGUUGUAUUACGUAAGUUUGGGUCGAGCUCGCUGCUCAAGAUACGGUUCCAUGUCUCCGACGGUGAUCCAUGCCUAUGGCGGCUACACCCACACCAUUCAACCAAUGAGUAACGACCCGAACAAACCUCUAGUCUAAAUAUUUACCAAAAUUAUAUCGAYUUUUGAUGUUAGACGGCGACGCUCGCCACUGCUUCGUAGAAAGUCCAAAUUAGAACAAAGACAAUAAUAAUGAGAUCGGCAUUGUGACACUCAUUAUUAGCCAUUUGUGAUAUUAUAAGUGAGUUUCACGAUCAUUUUCUUCCUUCUAUACUGUUGUAUUGAAUUAAUUGUGUCUUAUAUGAAACUUGCACAAAUGUGGCGCUAUUUUUCUGUGAAUUUCCAUAGAGAUGUACUGAAUAAAGUUUAUGUGUUUUA